AUGGUUCUGGCAGAGGUUUCGCCGUCCGGGGACGGCGGGGUGGCCGUGGGGACGGACGCGGACGCGGAGAAGAUCGAGAAGUUGCUGCGAUCGGAGCGGGGCGGGACGCGUCUGACAGCUGUCGGCAUUGUCGACGAGAAGAUUGGUGACGUCGCUUUUGAGCUGGCAGAAGACAUCCCGUUCGCGGCGCUGGAGCAGCGCCUCCUCCACCCUGAUGGGUGGGAGGCGCUGGCGGGGACGCUGCUCGGGGAGCCCAGCGCGCGGGCUGGCUACCUCAUCAAGAGGGACCUCCUCAAGACCUGGUGGCAGGAUGCGACACCUGAGCAGCCUCCCACCAAGGCGGGCGCACCGACGCGCUCGGCGGGCGCCUCAGUAGUGGCGAGCUCGCAGCCGGCCGCGAAACCGGCGGCGAUUCUGAGUGCCAAGUACGCCACCGAGCUCGAGGGGCAGGGACUCGACGAGCCGGGUGCGCUCGCCCUUAGCAUUACCCUAGAAAUCGGAGGGGUAGUGUCGGCAGAGGAGGCGUUGGCACUGGACGGGGCAAAGUACGGCACGUCGCCUGGCCUGGUCAGCAAGGACUACAUUGAACGGGGCAUGCAGACAGAGGCCUCGCUGAUGCUCAGCCUGCGGUCUGGACUCAUGGAGUUCAAUGACGAGAAGAUCCUCCUCACCUACUUCCAGCGGUACCUCCGCAAGUACUCCGGGCGCGGCCUACCGAGCCUGCCCGUCGACAAGGAGCUCCGCGACGACGAGGGGCACGUCAAGCCUGAUUGCCCCGUCUUCAAAGCCGAUUUGCCGAAGGUCAAGAAGGGCAACUGA